CCAAAAACAUGCUGCGGCUCUAGAAAUCGCAGCAGGCCUCUCAAAAUCUGGUUGCAUCCAAAGUAUUUUUCCAAAACUCCACAAAAAUGACUUCCGUGUGGCUCGGCCGCCUCCGCCUGGCCCUCGAACGAUUCGAGCAGCAGUUGCCCAGCUUGUUCGGAUUCCCAACCGGCUCCGGAUUCCCGCCGGCAGGUGCCCUCGCUCUCGCCGGAAUCGAGGGCGGUCAUCGUUCCGCGAGCAACCCGGACCCCUUCAGCUUGAAGGCCCUGCUCGGCGAUGGCAUUCUGUGGGCCGUUCCGAAGCAUCGGCGCACGCUGGAGAAGCGACUCAAGCGCAAGUUUGGCACACCGGACUACAAGCUGAAGAUUCUGACGCCGAAGACGCACCUGCGGAUGUGCGCCACUUGCGGCGAUGACCACGAGGUGGGCGUGCUGUGUCCGACCUGCUACGGCAAGGUGAAGGCCGAAACGGAGCAGAUGCAGGAGAAGAUUCAGGCCCAGCUGGGGCUGGCCCCGGUGGACCGGGAGGUUGUGGUGCUGUACGACCGGGAGCGGGACGAGCAGCCGGCGGAGUUUUGGCAGGGCAAGCGCAUCGUCGAGAUGGAGAAGAGCCGGCCGGUGUGGUUCGGCAAGAAUCUGCUGCAGAGGAGCACCCAGCCGGCGACGACGGACAGCGCGGAGGUUAUUAAGCCGGAAACGGAGAAGUUGGGUUGAAUAAACGAAUGUAACUAGUGGCGAACUUUA